AGGUGGCAACCCUAGGCCCAACUGUGGGUUUGGGAUUGAUUGAUUGAUUGAUUGAUUGAUUGUGGGCUAACUUGGGCUCAUUGAACGGGUUGCAAUUUCACACUGGAACUUUCUCUGAACCUCCUCCGUCCAGGAGCGGCCACUGCGCGCCAUCCGGCUGCCCGCUGCGCCAAGCGGGAUGCUCUGAACAACGCACUUCCAGGCGAGCGCGACCUGCCCCGCAUUCGAAAGCACCGCUGGGGACACCGUAGAGGAAGGCAGGGCCCAGAUCCCGACAGCCGGUCUGUGGCGGUGCAUGCUGGGAGUUGUAGUUUCAGACGCACGCUUUCCUCUCCUAAGGCGACCGGAGGGGUUUGAAAGGCAGCGUCCGAGCCGCUGUAUUCCCCCCCCCCCACCAGGAAGCGGACGAGGCCCUCCUCGCUGGCCCGGGAUGCCGGCGCCCGUGCUCUGCGCGAGUUGCGGGUCCCGGCGCGCCGCGCUCCGCCGCCCCAAGACGGGCCAGGCGCUGUGCCGGGAGUGCUUCGUGGCGGCCUUCGAGGCGGAGGUGCACGGCACCGUGGUGUCGGCGCGGCUCUUCCAGCCGGGCGAGACGGUGGCCAUCGGGGCGUCGGGGGGCAAGGACUCCACGGUGCUGGCGCACGUGCUGCGGCUGCUCAACGAGCGCCACGGCUACGGCCUGCGCCUGCUGCUGCUCUCGGUGGACGAGGGCAUCGCCGGCUACCGGGACGACUCGCUGGCCGCCGUGCGCCGCAGCCAGGGCAGCCUGGGGCUGCCGCUGCACGUGGUCUCCUACCAGGAGCUCUACGGCUGGAGCAUGGACCGCAUCGUCCGCCACGUCGGCCUCAAGAACAACUGCACCUUCUGCGGGGUCUUCCGGCGGCAGGCGCUGGACCGAGGCGCCGCCUUGCUCGGGGCUGACAAGAUCGCCACAGGUCAUAACGCAGAUGACAUCGCUGAGACGGUGCUGAUGAACUUCCUGCGGGGGGACGUUGGGCGCCUCCGGCGCUGCGCGGACAUACUGACAGGAAGCGAGGGGCAGCUGCCGCGCUGCAAGCCGCUGAAGCACGCCUACGAGAAGGAGAUUGUGCUGUACGCUUACUUCCAAGGCUUGGACUACUUCAGCACCGAGUGCGUGUACUCCCCCAACGCCUACCGCGGACACACCCGCGCCCUGCUCAAAGACCUCGAAGCCACACGGCCCAGCACGGUGGCUGACCUGGUGCACUCAGGCGAGCGGCUGGCGGUGCGCGAGGAUGUCCGCAUGCCCACCCAGGGCACCUGCCAGCGGUGCGGCUACCUCUCCAGCCAGCCCCUCUGCAAAGCUUGCUUACUUCUAGAAGGGCUCAAUCGUGGCCUCCCUCGGCUGGGCAUCGGCAAGACCAGCCGGCUGCAGAAAGCUUUGCUGGGUGGGGAGAAGCCAGAAACCAGCUUACAGGAAGAGGAAGGCCCUCGGCAGGCAAAGCGAGGCCCGAGGGCCAUAGACUUCUGAGCCUGUCCCUACCCAUGGUUCCCAUCACCCCUGACAGUUAGCCAUUCUGGCUGCAGCAGUUGUCCCAACAACAACUGGAGGGUUUUAUUUAAAAUCAAAUUAUAUUCUGUAUCAGGAGAGUCCAACUCCCAAGAGACUGCGAUCUACUCACAGAAUAAAAAACUGCCAGUGAGGUACCCCGUAUUUUGUGGUUGUUGAGCUUUUUCUAGGGAGGAAAAUGACAAAAUUGAGUAAAGGGGAAAAGCUGCUCACCAAAAGAUUGAUGAGAAAACAAUCUGUCAAGCAGCGAAAACUCCGUCUUCCGUUCCAACAAUCAUGCAAAAAUAGAGGACGGGGCAAGGAGGAGGGGCCGGAUGCUCUGAUGCCAAUGAAAAGGAGCCCGUGACCAACAGCGAUCUACUAGAACCUUCCGAUUAACCUGUUGGACACCCCUGUUCUAUCUUAUCUAUUUCCUACUGGUCUAAGAGCAGGGACAUUAUUAUUAUAUUUUUGGCUGAAGGCCAGGGUAUAAACAAAUAAACAAAAUUUCCCAAAAAAAUAGUAUGUGCUCAUGUUUCUUUAACUGUUAACGGAGUAACCGAUCUCUGUGUUGAUUCUGUCUGUAUACUCUGGCUUUCCUGAUUAAGACCAAGAUGCACCUGUUUUGUAAUUCUUGGUGAAAAUAAUGAGCAGCUACUUGCGGGCCCAAUAGAAACAGGCCAAUGGUUUGCCAGGGUCCGCCUUCUGGCCACUUCUCCCUUUGUACAACAGGGGUGGAUGGCCUGGAAAUUCGAGACACUGUUGGACUCUGACAUCCCAUCACUCCUGAUUUAUGCUCCCUGGGGCUCAUGGGAGUUGGAGUCCAAUGAUGUCUGGAGGACCAGAUUCCCUCUCCCUGAAGUACUGCUUAGGCCAGCAAUGUGCCAAGCUGUAGUCCUGGUUGGUUCACCACACUAAGCAGCUGUGCAUAGGACUGUUGAGUUCUUGGUUGUAGCCCCAACAGCUCCUGACCAGUAGAGAGAUAGGUGGGGAUAAAUCGUGCAGAAAACUGAAUAUACCCACACCCAAGCAAGUAUUCUGAGUCACAGAACUGAAGUGUAGCCCAUCCUUCUGCUCCAGGCAGGAAAACCAGAGUAAUACCAUUCCAACAGAUGGUUGUCCAAGCAGGGCCAAUCAGAGAGAGGACCAGGAGGGCCAUUUGGUCUGGGAUCUUAAGCUCAAAGGAGUCCUCCAAUUUAGACACUUGUUAGUUUUUUCUCAUUUGAUAAGUUUUGCAGCCUUUUUUUAUGCACAUUGGAUCAAAAUGUAUUUAAGCAGAAUUGGGACACACUCCACUUUUAAGAGCUUCAAAUUUAAUCAAAUAAGAGGUGUUCUGGUAAAAUACCCUUUUUUUGUUUUGUUAGCUCAUAAUACAGGAUGCCAUAUUAAAGAGUUACAAAUGUUAUUAAGAGUUAAUGUUAAUAACAACCGGGGGAAAGGAAGACAUAACAUCUUACAAGGACAGGAAGAAGCACCACGAACAGGAUACAGUGGUACCUCAAGUUAAGAACGUAA